AUGGCCAGGCUGCUGGCCAGGGCCUGCUGCCCCAAAGCUCUUCCUCAGGCUCCCAGAUGCCUGCCUGGGUCAGCAGCUACCCGAGCCUGGAGCCACGGGCCCCUCACUGCCUACAUGCCUGAAGCUGUCGCCUUCCCCAGACCCAAGGACCACCAAGGCUUGUACAGGGUGUCAGUGGAGCAGGGUGACACCUUCUGGGGAGCACUAGGGAGGAGCCGGCUCACCUGGAUCACCCCCUUCCACUCUGUCCAGGACUGUGAUCUGCACCAGGGCAGGGUCUCCUGGUUCCUGGGCGGGCAGCUGAAUGUGGCAGUGAAUUGUCUGGACCGACAUGUCCAUGUAGCCCCAGACAAAGUGGCCUUAAUCUGGGAGAAGGAUGAACCAGGAGAGGAGGUGCAGGUCACGUACAGGGAACUGCUGGAGCUGACGUGCCGCCUGGGAAACACCUUGAAACGGCAAGGGGUGAAACGGGGUGACAGGGUGACAAUCUACAUGCCCCCAUGCCCGCUGGCUGUGGCUAGCAUGCUGGCCUGCGCCCGCAUCGGGGCUGUGCACACUGUGGUGUUCGCCGGUUUCAGUGCAGAGUCCCUAGCAGACAGGAUCCGGGAUGCCCAGUCAGAGACGGUGAUCACAGUAAAUCAGGGGCUGAGAGGAGGCAAGGUUAUUGAGCUAAAGAAGACAGUGGACCAGGCUGUGAAGCAGUGCCCAGGAGUGAAACGGGUCCUGGUUUGCAUGAGGACCGACAGCAAGGUUCCCAUGACAGCCCUGGAUGUGCCACUGGAGGAGGAGAUGAUGAAGGAGGAUGCAUGCUGUGAGCCUGCUGCCAUGGACAGUGAAGACAUGUUGUUCCUUCUCUACACGUCAGGCAGCACCGGCAAACCCAAGGGUCUGGUUCAUUCCCAAGCUGGUUACUUGCUGUUUGCUGCUCUCACGCACAAGUACGUGUUUGACUACCAGGACAGGGACAUCUUUGGCUGCGUGGCAGACAUCGGCUGGAUCACAGGGCACACCUAUGUGGUCUAUGGCCCCCUCUGCAAUGGCGGCACCACAGUUCUUUUUGAGAGCACUCCCAUCCAUCCUAACCCUGGCCGCUACUGGGAAACAGUGGAGAGGUUAAAAAUUAACCAGUUCUAUGGGGCGCCCACUGCCAUCCGCCUACUCCUGAGAUAUGGCGACGAAUGGGUGAAGAAGUCUGCCCGCUCUUCUCUCAAAGUGCUCGGCUCAGUGGGGGAACCCAUCAAUAAGGAGGCGUGGGAGUGGUACUUCCGUGUGGUUGGCGAGACACGGUGCCCAGUAGUGGACACGUGGUGGCAAACUGAAACAGGAGGCAUCUGUAUCUCACCCCGUCCUUCUAAUCCUGGAGCUGAAAUCCUUCCAGGCAUGGCUAUGAGACCCUUCUUUGGGAUCAGCCCCUCCCUCCUGGAUGACAAGGGAAAUGUCCUUCUGGAAAACAACAUCUCUGGAGCCCUCUGCAUCUCACAAGCCUGGCCAGGUAUGGCACGAACCAUUUACAAUGACCACAAGAGAUUCUUGGAAACCUACCUAACUCUGUAUCCAGGGUUUUUCUUCACUGGGGAUGGCGCGUAUCGUACCAGUGAGGGCUACUACCAGCUGACAGGACGCCUGGAUGACAUCAUUAACAUCAGCGGACACCGGCUGGGCACUGCAGAGGUGGAGGAUGUUGUGAAUCACCAUGCGGCAGUGGCGGAGUCUGCUGUCAUCGGCUACCCACAUGAGAUCAAGGGAGAAGGAGCCUAUGUGUUUGUUGUGCUGAAGAAGAACAGUGGCUACACACAGGAGACUCUCGCUGCUGAGCUACGGGAGCUGAUCUCAAAGAAGAUCGCUAAGUAUGCAGCUCCAGAGUACGUUCAGGUCACACACCGGCUGCCCAAGACACGCUCGGGGAAGAUUAUGCGUCGGGUACUAAGGAAAAUCGUGGAGGGCAAGGCCAGUGAGCUUGGGGACCUAACCACCCUGGAUGACUAUGAAGCUGUGCAGCAGAUCAUAGAGGGACGCAAGCGCCUGGUGGAGGGGCAGAAGAGCUGCUAG